GUGGCAGAGUUGAGGUAUUAGAUGUUGAUGCCGCUGAGUUCUUUUUCGGCUCUCGGGGUCCCCACUCCUCAACCCCAAUCCUCCAGCGAGCCAGAAUGGAAGAAGAGUUAGGCAACCAGAAACCCUUCUGUUUCUCUGUGAAUGUGGGCGUCGGUAAAGGAAAUGGCUGGAAUUAGAGUGUAUGCCUCAGCGCUCCAACGCCCCAGGGCUGAAGAACCUUGGAGACAGGCGAUGCUCUUACCCGACUGGGAUCUACCGACUUCCUCUUAGUGAGACUCAGAUGUAGCGGCCCCCAAAUUGAGAGCCCACUCUUUGCUGACAAGAAGUCAUCGCUGGUUUGUGUAUUUCUUCCUCCCCAACAACUUUUUUGCCCGCGGAAGGGGGAAGAGAGGUCGAGGCAAUGGAAGCAGGGCAUCCAGGAGGAAAUGGUCCACAAGGGGAAGGCAGAGAGGAUGAUGAUAACGCACUCGGGUCAGAACUGCAGCUCCGAGUCUUUGGGGACGCUCCGCGCUCUCCCCCCUCCAACCACCCUUUACGCCGCGGACACGGGAGAGUUAAGCCAAUAAACACGUAAGCGCUGCUCCCUCCCCAAUCGGCAAGAUGCCUCUCCGGCUUUAGGCUGCAUUGACAGCUUGCAACACUCGGCAUCUUUUCUGGAGGCGCCUCCUUCAGCGGCUGCAGAUGGCAUCCGGCUGCGGGCUCGGGGCUCGCGAUUGACUCUGCCCCCUGCCCACCUUGGGUGCACGGCGCACCUCUCGCUCCCUCCUCCCCUCGCGCUCCCGGGGUUAAGCCCAGCUUCCCAGCGCCGGGCGGAGGAAGCAGUCGCGGCGGCCGAGGCUGAGCAGCAGCGCGUCGGUUCCCUGAUCUGUGCAGAAGCGCCCAUCCGGGAAAGCCGACCCCCCAGCUGCCUCCUGCGCCCCCCACCUUUUGCGCCCCAAGCCGGGGACUCCGGGAACCCCCCGCCCCAGGCGCCACCAUGCUGGACCCUUCGUCCAGCGAAGAGGAAUCGGAUGAGAUCGUGGAGGAGGAGAGCGGCAAGGAGGUGCUCGGCUCGGCCGCGUCCGGCGCGCGCCUGUCUCCCAGCCGCACCAGCGAGAGCUCGGGCGGCGGCGCCGGGCUGGGGGGCGGCGGGGCCGGGGCCGGGGUGGGCGCCGGCGGCGGCGGGGGCAGCGGCGCUGGCAGCGGCGGCGGGGCCGGAGGGCUGCAACCCAGCCCCCGAGCCGGUGGCGGCCGGCCCUCCAGCCCCAGCCCGUCGGUGGUGAGCGAGAAGGAGAAGGAGGAGUUGGAGCGGCUGCAGAAGGAGGAAGAGGAGAGGAAGAAGAAGCUGCAGCUCUAUGUGUUCGUGAUGCGCUGCAUCGCCUACCCCUUCAACGCCAAGCAGCCCACCGACAUGGCUCGCCGGCAGCAGAAGAUCAGCAAACAGCAGUUGCAGACAGUCAAGGACCGGUUUCAGGCUUUCCUCAAUGGGGAAACCCAGAUUGUGGCUGACGAAGCCUUCAUGAAUGCUGUGCAGAGUUACUAUGAGGUGUUCCUUAAGAGUGACCGUGUGGCCCGCAUGGUACAGAGUGGAGGCUGCUCUGCCAAUGAUUCUCGGGAGGUCUUCAAGAAGCACAUUGAGAAGAGGGUGCGCAGCCUGCCUGAGAUUGAUGGCCUCAGCAAGGAGACUGUGCUAAGCUCCUGGAUGGCCAAGUUUGAUGCCAUCUACCGAGGGGAAGAGGACCCCAGGAAGCAGCAAGCCCGAAUGACAGCCAGUGCGGCAUCUGAGCUGAUUCUGAGCAAAGAGCAGCUCUAUGAAAUGUUCCAGAAUAUUUUGGGGAUCAAGAAGUUUGAACAUCAACUCCUAUACAAUGCUUGCCAGCUGGACAAUCCAGAUGAGCAGGCAGCCCAGAUCAGACGAGAGCUGGAUGGACGUCUCCAAAUGGCAGACCAGAUAGCCAGGGAACGCAAAUUUCCCAAAUUUGUAUCCAAAGAAAUGGAAAACAUGUACAUUGAGGAGCUGAAGUCAUCUGUCAACCUGCUCAUGGCCAAUUUGGAGAGCAUGCCGGUGUCCAAAGGUGGCGAGUUCAAGCUUCAGAAACUCAAACGCAGUCACAACGCUUCCAUCAUAGACAUGGGUGAGGAGAGUGAGAACCAGCUCUCCAAGUCAGAUGUCGUGCUGUCUUUCUCCUUGGAGGUGGUGAUCAUGGAAGUCCAGGGCCUCAAAUCCUUAGCUCCAAAUCGCAUAGUGUAUUGUACAAUGGAGGUGGAAGGAGGAGAGAAACUACAGACUGACCAGGCUGAGGCUUCGAAACCAACCUGGGGCACCCAGGGCGACUUCUCCACCACCCAUGCACUGCCCGCUGUGAAGGUGAAGCUGUUCACAGAGAGCACAGGUGUUUUGGCUUUGGAGGACAAGGAGCUCGGACGGGUUAUUCUUCAUCCCACCCCUAACAGCCCCAAACAGUCAGAAUGGCACAAAAUGACUGUCUCCAAGAACUGCCCCGAUCAAGACCUCAAAAUCAAACUUGCUGUCAGGAUGGAUAAGCCUCAGAACAUGAAGCAUUCUGGGUAUUUAUGGGCCAUCGGUAAGAAUGUCUGGAAGAGAUGGAAGAAAAGGUUUUUUGUAUUGGUGCAGGUCAGUCAGUACACAUUUGCCAUGUGCAGUUACCGGGAGAAAAAAGCAGAGCCUCAGGAACUUCUACAGCUGGAUGGCUACACUGUGGAUUACACCGACCCCCAGCCAGGCUUGGAGGGUGGUCGAGCCUUCUUCAAUGCAGUCAAAGAAGGAGACACCGUGAUAUUUGCAAGUGAUGAUGAGCAAGAUCGCAUUCUGUGGGUUCAAGCCAUGUAUCGGGCCACUGGGCAGUCACACAAGCCUGUGCCUCCCACCCAAGUCCAGAAACUCAAUGCCAAGGGAGGGAAUGUACCUCAGCUGGAUGCGCCCAUCUCCCAAUUUUACGCAGAUAGAGCUCAAAAACAUGGCAUGGAUGAAUUUAUCUCUUCCAACCCCUGUAACUUUGACCACGCUUCCCUCUUUGAGAUGGUGCAACGCCUUACUUUGGAUCACAGACUUAAUGAUUCCUAUUCUUGCCUGGGCUGGUUCAGUCCUGGCCAGGUGUUUGUACUAGAUGAAUAUUGUGCCCGAAAUGGAGUUCGAGGGUGUCACCGACAUCUCUGCUACCUCAGAGACUUGCUUGAACGGGCAGAAAAUGGCGCCAUGAUUGACCCCACCCUCCUUCACUACAGCUUUGCCUUCUGUGCAUCCCAUGUUCAUGGCAACAGGCCUGAUGGAAUUGGAACUGUGACUGUUGAAGAAAAGGAACGUUUUGAAGAAAUCAAAGAGAGACUUCGGGUUCUACUGGAAAAUCAGAUUACACAUUUUAGGUAUUGCUUUCCAUUUGGUCGACCUGAAGGUGCUUUGAAAGCUACUCUCUCACUCUUGGAAAGGGUUUUGAUGAAAGAUAUUGUUACCCCAGUGCCACAAGAGGAGGUAAAAACAGUCAUCCGUAAAUGUCUAGAGCAGGCUGCUUUAGUCAACUAUUCUCGGCUAUCAGAAUAUGCCAAAAUUGAAGGGAAAAAGAGAGAAAUGUAUGAGCAUCCUGUCUUCUGCUUGGCCUCCCAAGUGAUGGAUUUAACCAUUCCUCCCCGGUCACCUCCUGGGCCUCCUCCACUCACCCAAACGCAGACCAGCAUGUUAUAUCAGAGGCUCAAAGGCAUGCCUAGGCCAAAGUCAAAAAAUGUAGGCCGGUUAAUCACUCCUGCCAAAAAGCUUGAAGACACAAUACGUCUUGCUGAACUAGUCAUUGAAGUUCUUCAGCAAAAUGAGGAGCACCAUGCAGAGGCCUUUGCGUGGUGGUCAGACUUGAUGGUGGAGCAUGCCGAGACGUUCCUGUCACUCUUUGCAGUGGACAUGGAUGCAGCAUUAGAGGUGCAGCCCCCAGACACAUGGGACAGUUUUCCACUGUUUCAGCUGCUGAAUGAUUUUCUCCGUACAGACUAUAAUUUGUGCAAUGGAAAAUUUCACAAACACCUGCAAGACCUGUUUGCCCCACUUGUGGUUAGAUAUGUGGAUUUGAUGGAGUCCUCAAUUGCACAAUCCAUUCACAGGGGCUUUGAGCGGGAGUCAUGGGAACCAGUCAAUAAUGGAUCAGGUACUUCAGAAGAUCUUUUCUGGAAACUGGAUGCCCUUCAGACCUUCAUUCGGGACUUGCACUGGCCCGAAGAAGAGUUUGGAAAGCACCUGGAACAACGACUCAAGCUGAUGGCGAGUGACAUGAUUGAAUCUUGUGUCAAACGAACCAGGAUUGCAUUUGAAGUUAAGCUGCAAAAAACCAGUCGAUCAACAGAUUUUCGAGUCCCACAGUCAAUAUGCACCAUGUUUAAUGUUAUGGUUGAUGCCAAAGCUCAAUCAACAAAACUUUGCAGCAUGGAAAUGGGCCAAGAGCAUCAAUACCAUUCAAAAAUAGACGAGCUAAUUGAAGAAACUGUUAAAGAAAUGAUAACACUCUUGGUUGCAAAGUUUGUUACUAUCUUGGAAGGAGUACUGGCAAAAUUAUCCAGAUAUGACGAAGGAACUUUGUUUUCUUCUUUUUUGUCAUUUACGGUGAAGGCAGCCUCCAAAUAUGUGGAUGUACCUAAACCCGGGAUGGACGUGGCCGACGCCUAUGUGACUUUCGUCCGCCACUCUCAGGAUGUCCUUCGUGAUAAGGUCAAUGAGGAGAUGUAUAUAGAAAGGUUAUUUGAUCAAUGGUACAACAGCUCCAUGAACGUGAUCUGCACCUGGUUGACGGACCGGAUGGACUUACAACUUCACAUUUACCAGUUGAAAACACUAAUUAGGAUGGUAAAGAAAACCUAUAGAGAUUUCCGAUUGCAAGGGGUUCUGGACUCGACCUUAAACAGCAAGACCUAUGAAACCAUCCGGAACCGCCUCACUGUAGAGGAAGCCACCGCGUCAGUGAGCGAGGGUGGGGGCCUGCAGGGGAUCAGCAUGAAAGACAGUGAUGAAGAGGAUGAAGAAGACGAUUAGAAGGUGCAGGCCCUGAGCCCACCAGGAUGGAGUCCUGUAAUCACUGCAUGUCCUUAGUCUGUUAGUUACCCCCCCAUUAGGGGAUUUUCUGUCAACUCCCAUGCCCAUGAGGUAUUUACCAAUACAAUUGCCAUGUUAGCUCUGUGGUACCAAGAUUAUUAGCAAAUGACCUUCGAAUCCACGAUUUCCUGAUGCCAUGUCUCUGUUUACAAGCAAUAUGGAGCACCAUUCUUUAAAUACUGUUCAUGGAGAAUACAUAGUCCAGCUGCUAGGUGUGUCCCUGUUAUCAGCAAAGUUAAAUGAUGCUUCAUUACUGUACCGUGUACACAUUGAUGGUAAAUGGAUGUGCGGACAAGUACACCAAGUACUUUCACAUCUUUGUUUCACGUAUGUGGAUGCCAGUUAAUAAUAUAAAUGACUACAAUAAAUUAA